AUGGAAGGUCCGAGCAAUGGAGGAAUGCUGUAUCACGAAGUCCAAGAAGGAAAGCUGUGCGCUGUGCAUUGCGUGAAUACAGUAUUACAAGGACCUUUCUUCUCUGAGUUCGAUUUGGCCGCUCUUGCAUCCGAUCUUGAUCAGACCGAAAGGCAGAUGAUGACGCAAAAUACCGUCGGUGCUGGUGAUUUCGGUUCUGCUGAGUCCCACAACGUCUCGUUGGGUGGCGAUUUUAGCAUCCAGGUCUUGCAGAAAGCCUUGGAAGUGUGGGAUUUGCAGGUCAUUCCUUUAGAUUCACCAGUAGCAGAACCAGCUCAAAUUGACCCUGAAGAGGAAAAUGCUUUCAUAUGUCAUUUGCAGGAUCACUGGUUUACCAUAAGAAAGGUGAAUGGAGAGUGGUAUAAUUUUGAUAGCCUUUAUGCAGCUCCAGAGCAGCUUUCCAAAUUCUACCUCUCUGCAUAUCUUGACUCGCUAAAAGGAGCUGGGUGGAGUAUUUUUCUUGUGAGAGGAAACUUCCCAAAGGAGUGUCCUCUUUCAUCCGAAGCUUCAAAUGGUUUUGGUCAGUGGCUGACUCCUGAAGAUUGUGUGAGGAUACUAAAAGCCUGCAACUCAAAGGGUGAAUCAUCACGUGCAGUUGAUCCAGUUAGGAGACAGACUUCUGAUCAAUUCCCAUCACUUUCUGAGGCAGAACUUCUUGCCAUGGAGGAUGAAGAUCUAAAAGCUGCUAUAGCUGCCAGCUUAAUGGAUUCUACCCCUGCCAUAACCAUUUCAGAAGCUAGUGUCCCUUCUACUGAGAAAUCGAAUUGAGUGCAUGCUACAUAUCAAAAUACCCCCUGUCCCAGAAGUUUCCAUUGGGUGCCUGAGCUCUCCCAUGCAUAAAGCGUUUGUGCAUCUAGUUUAUGCAUCUGUUGGUUCCUCCAUAUCUUACUGAAUGAUAGACGUUGCAUAAGCUUUUGUGCCGGUGACUAACCUUUAAACAUUUCCAUUGAGAGGUAAAUUAAAAAAAAAAAAAAAAAAAAUUCCUCCUUUCCCAGGCUGGUGUAAUAUCAAUUAAUUGUGAUAUAUUUGUUUUGCUUGCAACUUUCUUUUUGAAUUGAAACCACAGCAUGUAAUUGGUAGCGUUUCUGAUUAACUUCAUUUGUUGGUGCAUUUGAAGUUAACAAUCUUAGCAUUUUAAUUUAUUUAUUUAUAUUUAUUUUGUAUUUAUAAUUA